AAUGGAGUCUGGUAGAGAUAUAUAGAGUGUUUCUGGUUAAACUAAAAGGAUCUGACUCUUUAAUAAAAAGCUCUGUCUCUGUAGGAAUCCUAUCAUCAUGUUGUCAGACACUGAAUAACAACCUGAGUCUGUCAGAUAUGAACUCAUCCACUGGAUUACACUGCAGGAGCAAUCACUUACACUAUGGACCAGACUCCAUUGACAAAAACAGGAAUUUUACUGAGCAGAAAGCCCUUUACUAUAAAAUGGCACUUUCAACUCAUCACUAACAACUAAAUAUCUUUACUUCAUUCUGUUUUCUCUCUCUCCUCGUCCUUUUCUGCUGUAUGACUCUGGAGUGUGCUAAGUCUUUUUAAGUACCUAAUCACUUCUGUGACCUUUGACACUGCUGCCACUGACUGAGUUCAUGAGCAGCCACAUUAGCAGCCACUUCACAAACUGUCUGGAGGCACUUGUCUCUUUGACCUGACAGUCUGAAAACCUCUAGUUUACAUAAAGCUUAUUCAGGGUGAGGCUUGCAUGUGGUCUCAUGGGAGACAGUGAGAUACAGUGGGUAAGCACCUGUGUGAGGAAUGAUGGCUUUAUUAUCUAAACCCAGCACUCACUCAGUAAUCUGGAGAGUUAAAACCACCAUUAAUAAUAAUAUGAAUAUAAUUAUUAAUACAUUUAUUUACCAAGAACUAACUAAAGUGAUCAAAUCAGACUUUAAGAACAUUCUUAGAGAGCCUGUGUGUGUUGUACCGGAGUUAGAAUUCAUUCAGUCAGUUCCUCCUACGUUAAAAGAAUGUGUUAAACCACUUUGCUUUGAUCGUCACAUCAGUCAGUCAUCUGUUAAACAACUAUGUCUAAGAGAAAGGAAAGAAGCUAAGCUGAUGUAAUCGCACCACCGCGCCUACCAGCUUCUGUUUACACACAUUCAGAGCACAUCACAGCAAAGUGUGCUUGGUCAGAGGAAAUCAAUAUGGAAAUCCCCAAAUCACAGAGCAGCACUUAGAGAUGAAGCAGCUCAGGUUAGUCUGUAUCUUUCUCUGCUCACUGGGUUUAAAAUCAAACAGGAACAGACUGUAGUCUGAGUUCACAGCCACUUCUUUACAUUUCCACAGGUCAAAUCUCUGGUACUGAUACAAGUCCUGUGAUUAUUUGACCGUGUGAACUUUCAGCCCACAGACAUAAAUUACCACUCUGUUUUUCCCACUGUGCCACACCUUGGCUGUUACAGGGAUUUUUUUCUUUGAGGUCAGGUUUCAGUUCCAACUUCGUGUUCACACUCAGACAGUUACAGGUGGGUGUAAUUAGCUGAAGCUAAUAUGAGUUCUUCAGCGACGUGAGGAGGGUGUUUCAGAGCUUCAUGUCUGUUGUUCAUGUUUCUCUUGUUAGCUGCUCAGUUAGCAUUUGUUGACAUGAUGCAAGUGUUGAAGUGCUGACGAUGAAAUCAGAAACAGUAAUCCAACAUGAUUCAUCCUGCUCAGCAUUCGUUCUCCAGGCAGGGAGAAGUAGUAAGAGUUGUGUGAAACUGACACCGUGUGAUGAGACCAUGUGACUUCCAGCUUAAGUUACUACGACUGUGGCUGAUGUGCGGAUCACGCGCUUCCACAUUAGAGAAGAUGAUGCAAAGAGGAACCUGACAAGUCACCUGACAAAUGUCUGAGACACCUGACACCUGACACCCAGCACCGGCGUGCUAACAGAGUGAAGUCAAACUGAAUCAUUUUCAGUGUGAAUCAGUCAGUAGCUGAUAAAACCACAGACGCUGAUAAAUGAUCUCUGAUGACAGCGGUUCACCUCAGAUGCAGUGACUGUACGAUAAAGACUGGUUCGAUCUCUGUCAGAGCUGAACGCCAGCGUUACCAUGAUGGUUUACAGAGACGCUGGCGGGAGUCGCCCCCCUGAGAGGUUCAUGAUGUUGUGUCACUGUAAUUCUUGGCCAUCAACACCUGAGAGUAGACAUCAGUGUUUGCAACAGAGGAACGUUGCCUUCAUUUCUGCCCCGAGGCUUUUUUACUGCACCAGACUCUGGCUCGACACACUCACAGUACCAACAUCCACCUCAGUCUCUGAGCUGGGUGGAAAGCCCCACACUGGGCUGCAGUCCUCAGCCUCUUCUGGGAAGCUGGAGCCAUUUCCAUGAAAAUGGGACGGACUGAAAACAUCGCUGUCGCUGUUACUAGUAACUGUAACUAAAUCCUACAUUUCAGCACUGCACAGACUUCAUUAUCAUCUAUGCCAAUGUGGAAACAGGAGCACGUCAAAGUGGAGUCUCUGCCUCAUGGUUGUGUGCCUCUGCCAGUCCAGUUACAGUAAGUCAGCGAGUGGAUUCUUGAGUCGUGGCCAAAAAUGUGUUCUGUGCAGUCACAGUGACCUUUGACCUCAAGUCCAAGUGAACGUUUGUGCCCAACACACACUCCCACCACCUCUAGCAGAGUGGAAACCCCUGAACCGGGCUGCAGUCCUCAGCCUGUUCAGGGAACGUGGAGCUCUCAGGCUCAGCUCACACACCUGUGCACCUGUUCUCUGACAGCUCAGCUGGAGCUUCUGCUGAGUCAAAACAUCAUGAGCGUUAUACAAAGAGGACGUCACACACACACACACACACACCCAGACACACUUCACUACUUCACUGUACACGUGCCAACACACACACACACUAAACUGGAGUGAAAUCAGUCUCUUUAAUAGACCCACUUAACUUUCCAUUACAGCUUCAACUGUAAAUCAUUUCCUUCAGUUAUUCUGCAGCUUGUUUUACUGCCGUCACGUGUUGUGCUAUUACAGAUGUUAAGAGGAGGAGCAGGAUGCUCUGUAACCUGAGCUGUUCCUGCUCUGCUCAGCUGAGGGGUUUCCCUGACAGAGGAAUGAGGCCAGGCAGCCUUCCUCUGGGACUUUCCCUUUGGAAAGUUGAACAACAAAAAUGGCGAAGGCAGACCAGCGUUUCGGCCAGCGGGACGGCUCGGACCAGAACUUCGACUACAUGUUCAAGCUGCUGAUCAUCGGCAACAGCAGCGUCGGGAAAACGUCCUUCCUGUUCCGCUACGCCGACGACUCCUUCAGCAACUCCUUUGUCAGCACCGUGGGCAUCGACUUCAAGGUGAAGACGGUGUAUCGCAACGACAAGAGGAUCAAGCUGCAGAUCUGGGACACGGCAGGUCAGGAGCGAUACCGCACCAUCACCACGGCCUACUACCGCGGCGCCAUGGGCUUCAUCCUCAUGUACGACAUCACCAACGAGGAGUCCUUCAACGCCGUCCAGGACUGGGCCACUCAGAUUAAGACAUACUCAUGGGAUAACGCCCAGGUGAUCAUGGUGGGCAACAAAUGCGACAUGGACGAGGAGAGAGUCGUACCUCCAGAGAAAGGAAAACACCUCGCCGACCAGUUAGGGUUCGAGUACUACGAGGCGAGUGCUAAGGAGAACAUCAACGUGCGGCAGGUGUUCGAGCGCCUGGUGGACAUCAUCUGCGUGAAGAUGUCGGAGCGCGUGGACGUGGAGGCGCCGGUGGCUCCCGGCACCAAGACCACCAGACUGACCGACAAGCCCGCCCAGCUACCUCAGAAGUGCUGCUGAUCGUCCGUCGCCUGCCGUCCCUCUGAUGUCGCCUCGUCCCCCAAAACCCCCGAAUCCCUCCCCCAACUCCCUCCCCUCCCCUCGAGAAAAAGAAAAAAACAGAUUAACUAUUGUAACAUUCCUCAACACAUUCUCUCCGCUUCAGUCCAUGUUUGUGAGCAGUCAAUAAUCACUACGCCUACUGCAGUUUCUGCUAACUAACACUGAUAUAGCCAGUUUCAUUCCCUCCCCGUCCCCAAGUAUCUGAGGAUGGCCCUCACACAGACGGAGGAGUGAGGGCAGCAGUCAACUCCAAACAGAAUCUCAUUUGGUGUGUUUGAAACGCUCGUAGAUCUGCUGUUUGUUACAUUUAAAUGAGACGAGAUGUCGAAUGAGGAGGAGAACGAAGGUCUGGUCGCAGCAGAGUUCAUCCACGCCUCCUCAGUAACAGGCUGAUAGAAGAGUUUACAAACCUCUGCAACUGAUGAAUUCUGUGCUAACCAGUGGAGAACUGUUGGUACCUGUCAGUCACAGUGGUUGGGAGUUUGCUAACCGCCAGCUGGUAGAGUAGGCAGCUCGGUCAGUAACAGGACCACAGGUUUGUACAUUUUAUUGGUCUUAUAACUGUCUGGUAACAGGUACCAUACUGUGGGGCAGCUGAAAGCUGGGAUGAAUCUUGGUGCCAAAGAGUGCGAAACACCAGGAAGCAGGUCUGUGGUUAAAGGAAAUUAAACAUUAAGUACACAGUAUUUUUAAUCCACACACGUCCAACUCUGUGCAGUAACACAGCCGUCACUCAACACCAUCACACUUUGUACAAAGUGCUCUCCUCUGUAGUCGCCGUUAAAGUUGUUUUCUAGCUCAGUGGUGUGAUGUUGUUUGAAGUAACGUAGCUAACGUUUGUGUCUCUGUUUUGUUUUGUUAUUAAUGAGAGAGGAGCAGUGGCACAUGGAGUCUGUCGGGUUGAGGUGUGCGAUGACGUGAGCGCUCACAAGUCGUAAACAUGAGAAUCAAUCCUUUGUUGUGAAAUCUGCAGCUCUCUGCUUCCUGUAAAGGUCAGUAUUGUCAGGACAGUUCGCUGUUGGUCAACGGGUUAAACUGAAAUAACCAAAAAGCUCUGUGGUUCUAGAUGCUGGUGUGACCGGGCCUUAAAGCUGGAGUCAGACCUCUGAUAAGAUACAAACGUCUCCUAGUAGAUGAAGGUGCUAUGGUACUUUAUGGCCCCACGUCAAACAGCUGUUAGUUUGUCCAACUUCCUGUUGGGAACAUUUGAGCAUCAUAUCUAAGGCGGUGGGAUUGUUUCCAAGAACUCUGGGUCACGUACCUACGUUUAAAGGAGUAAAGAGGAUUGUUCUGGUUCUGGUGAGAUCUGACGAUGUGUACUGAGAUGUUGCUGCUGUGUGCUGCUCGUUCUGUCCAGACAAAGUCACCUGAAAGACACAGUAAAAAAAAAAACAGGUGAUUAUAUGACUGACUCUGAUCUUGGUUGCACGGCUAAUGUCUUUGUUUCAAACACGCCAAAUCCAAAGUGUGCUGGAGUUGACUGUGAAGCAGGGUCCGCCGGUUAGCACAGCACUGCCUCUCCUCAAAGUGUAGCACAACGACAAACUCGCAACACCACAGCUGCUCAUGUUCACAAGUUUACAGGUCGCAGUCGUUCACACCGAGUCAUCUGCCGAAACAUCAGCUAGGCUGCUUCUCAGAUAGCUAGUAAGAGUUAGGACCACUCUAAUACAAUAUGCCUAUAGCCCACUAACUGUUACUGGCCUUACUUAGUGCUGUUUUUGGCUUGAAAGACGCUUUAGGGCUACACCACCAAUGCACAACUCCCAGGCAGGGCUGCAGACAAAUCAAGACUGAACAGGAGGGGGUCGAGUCCUAAACCAACACAGGUCUAAAAACCAGUCUGACUUGGUAUGAUGAAGAGUUUGUAACAACAGAAAGUCUAAAGGAGAGUCCCUCCUGUUAGUUACACAAAUCAACACAUGUUCUGGAACAGUAACAACAGCAUAAACUAAUACAACCAGGGAAACACACAAACUGAUGGACCAAGUCUUUAUAAGACCCGAAGCUAAAUCUGACCCAACCGGUAACAGAUCUGAAGUCAUGGAAGUUUAUUAAUGACAAACUGAACAAAUUCAAGUCUGCAGAUCCAGAUGGAGGAGCACAGUCCUCGUUUCCUGUGGCCUCGUUUUCCAAUCACACGUUCCUCCAUCUGCUCUGUCAGAGUCUGUGUCGUUGAAAAGGCUCUCGUCUAUAUCUGGCUGAUGAGCUUGUCUGUGUUUCACAGUUCGUGUCAUGAUGUGGGGCAGGCUGAGGUAGAAGAAGCAGCCUGAUCUGAUGCUGCCCUGCUCCCAGGUCACUUUAAAUGUCUGGUACGAUCAGGUGCUUCUCAUCUGCUGAGGCAGCUGCAUUAUCUUCAUGAUGUUUCAGACGAAGUAUAUCUGACAGGAAGUGUGCCAGCUGCUGAGUUAAUGAGCUCCUGUCACAGAGAUGAUAACUGAGAUCAGAGCUUCUGUUUCAUACAUGUCCUCGUGUGGAGAGAGUAAGUCUCAGCGUGCAGACUGCUGCCUUCACAGAGCUGUGAGGUCUCCACACAGCUGAGAAAAACCUCCUUUAAACAAAGAGGAUCUGCUGUUUGCUGAGGGACUGAGAGUUAAUGCAGCUAACGACCUUUAUGACCCCACAUGUAAUUAAUGUAAGAGGAGCAGCAGAGUGGGAGGUUUCAGAACUACAGGUUGUUUAAUGACUAAGACUUUGAUGACAUUAGACCUCAUUUAGAUGAAUAACGCAGUAAAGAGGGCGACUGCCCCCGGGGCACUUACACCUGCGAUGUUUAGGUUUGUGGUGAGUUGAUAAAUUAUAACUGUAUUAUCAGCUGUAACUGUCUGACCCUGACUCACAUUAUCACAGACUCAUUGUCAGUGCUGCUCCAGGCCGGGAGGUGUGCAUGCACAUUCUCAGUCUGUGCUUUUGUCAUUAACAAGCUUCCAUAUAAAGUUUGCUGGUGUUUCCCUGGAGAAAAUAACAAACUAGGCUUAAUAAGAGAGAUCAACUAAUCAGGUCCAAGACCCAGAUCAGACCCUGUAGACUGCCAGAGACUUGAUCCCAGACUGCCGCCGAGCGCUGCAGCCCUGCUUCAUGGUGGCUUAUAGCUUUUGCACUGGCCGACACAAUCCGACGCCGUUCUGAGGGUGUUUUCUACUCACACAUGCACAUGUGAGCAGAGCUGACGAGUGAAGAGCACAGGUUCUCUCCUUCCCCCUUUAGCAGGUGUAGUCACGUAGCCGUCAUGUUCGCAGUGUUUCCUACAUGAAUGUGUGGAUGUGUGUGUGUGUGUGUGGAUGUGUGUGUGUGAUAUUAUUGUUGCAUAUGGUUAUCAUGAUAUUUAUUGCGUGUUCAGUUGUGAGGGUUUUUGUGUUUGUGUACGGUAUCUUCGACGGAAGUGUGAUAUUUUGAUAAUGUCAUGUCAGCUGAGAUACAGUACGUGUGUGUAUAUGAAAGACUUCAAGAAAAAGGGAAGACGUGGAGAAAAAAAUUGUGCAUUUAUUAUUAAAUAUUACGAAGAUAGAAAAAAACAAUAUCCUGCCAAAUUGUUAUAUAGCUACCACAGCGCACGUUUUGUGUGUGACUCCCCACCAUGUGUCUUCAUAUUGAUAAAAAACAUACAAUAAUAUUGACAUUGUCUUCAUAUGAUUAUUUUUUAAGUGAAUUUGUAAAUGAUAGAAUUAGAAAUUAUAAUGGUGUUAAGUAUGAAUUUAUUUUUAUGCUGUGUAUACCAUGGACAAAUUAUAUAGAGAGUUUAUGUAAACUUGUUGUCUUACAGUUCACUCCUGUUCGGGGGAGAAGCACAAAGUGAUUGUACAAAAUAUUGUGAAUGUUUGUAUAUUAUAGAUGCAAUUUAGUAAAUAAAAAUCACAAUCUUUAAUCAUAA